AUUUCACCCACCCCCCGACGAAACCUCGCCUCGCCCUCCGUCUCCGUCUCCGUCUCCGUCGCCUCCACCUCGCGGCGAUCCCUCUCCCCUUUGCCCCCCCGCGCGAUGGCCGCCGCCCUCCGCUCCUCCUCCGCCGCGGCGAGACGGCUGCUCCGGAUCUCCCCGGCCGCGCUGCCCACGCUCACCGCCUCCCGCCCCGCCGCGGUGGCGCCCCUCGCGCGCCCGAUCGCCGCCGCCGCCGCCUUCGUCGCAGGUGGCAACAAUGGCUUCUCAUGGAACUUGAGGCGCUUGUUCAGCUCAAAUGAAAAGCAUCUGCCUGCAAUAUCUGACCCAGAAGUUGAGUCUGCGUUUAAGGAUUUGAUGGCUGCUAGCUGGACUGAACUUCCAGAUUCUCUUGUACGUGAAGCAAAGAAAGCCGUAUCCAAAGCUACCGAUGAUCAGGCUGGGCAGGAGGCUUUGAAAAAUGUAUUCCGUGCAGCUGAGGCAUGUGAAGAAUUUGGUGGGGUUCUAGUCACCCUAAGAAUGGCUCUAGAUGAUCUAUGUGGUUUGACUGGUGAGAAUGUUGGCCCCUUGCCUGGUUAUAUAGAAGAUGCUGUUAAAUCUGCAUACAAUCGAUACAUGACAUAUCUGGAAUCAUUUGGCCCUGAGGAAAAUUAUCUACGUAAGAAAGUGGAGACUGAAUUGGGAACUAAAAUGAUACACCUGAAAAUGCGAUGCAGUGGCAUAGGGUCUGAGUGGGGAAAGAUCACUCUGAUUGGCACAUCAGGCAUCUCAGGUUCCUAUGUUGAGCUAAGGGCAUGAGGGAAGUCUGCAGAUCAUAACCAUGCAGAACAUUGAUUUGCUGAGAGAACGAUGCAUAUCAGAACCAGUUGUGCCGAUUUUCUUUUCUUCUUACUGUGUAGCUACCUUGCCAAUAACAAGGAGAUCAUCAAACAGAUGUGCACUUCAAGUAAUUCAGCCUGCUCCAGACUUUGCUGCUGUAAUAAGAACGUGUUUCUGGGGUGCACGUUGAUUUCUUUUUGCUCCGGUUGUGUUCAUGGUGCUCCAGUCAGUGUGCGUGAAGCAUUUGUAGAUUCAGUUGAUUCCUUUCAUGAGCCCUGAAUUGUUUGUUCAAGCCUAACAUUGAUCCUACCAUGUAUGGCUCUGUUAAACUUAGAAUAGCUUGAACCGGUGUUCAGAUUGUUUGC